GUUCGUAGCACAGCGGUUCGGGGCGGAAACGGAGGACAAGUAGCCACCAUGGCGGAGACGCACAGUUUGCAGGAUCUGAGGCAGCAGGCCACUGUCGCAUCCAAAGUGUUCGUUCAGCGCGACUACACGUCAGGAACCAUCUGCAAAUUUCAAACCAAAUUCCCCACGGAGCUCGAGACCAGGAUUGAUAAGCAGCAGUUUGAGGAGACGAUCCAGACGCUGAAUAACCUGUACGCCGAGGCAGAGAAGCUUGGAGGGAAGUCGUAUUUAGAGGGCUGCCUCGCCUGUCUCACUGCCUACACCAUCUUCCUCUGCAUGGAGACACACUAUGAAAAAGUGCUGAAAAAGAUUGCCAAGUACAUCCAAGAGCAGAACGAGAAGAUCUACGCUCCUCUGGGUCUGCUCCUCACCGACCCCAUCGAGAGAGGACUCCGAGUCGUGGAGAUAACCAUAUUUGAGGACAGAAGCAUCGGCUCAAGAUAAAACACACCAAAGCAGUGAAUACUGGCCAUGUGAAGUGCUGUCCUGCCGGCGUUCUCGUCAUGCUCGUCAUCGCUCCGUCUCUGUACGCAGACGCUACAUCCUACUCCUUCAUUUUAUUCGGUUUUCCUUCCUCCAUUCCUCGCAGGAGAGCGAAACCUGGCGAGCCCUUCCUUUACAAAGCUGAGCUUACUUCAUUUAUAAGUUUUUGUAUGUACUGUCUUAACUACUUAAUGGGAAUUAUUUUAAAAGCAACAUGUUUUCUCUAGUGCUCCUUUUAAAAUGGUUUCUUGUUCCUGUUGCUUUUUUUUGUGUGUGUAUGUAUGUAUGUAUGUGUGUGUGUGUGUGUGUGUGU